AUGCAUGCAUCGAAUGCGGCGCGUAAUGUGCCACGAAAGAGUGGCGUCACAUUCGUUCCGUCGCCAAAGCAUUAUCGCUUGAAUGAAUCGAGUUUCGUGGCUGGUCAUAUUUGUGGCGGCCAGUGCUGCACGAACGCGACUGAAUUGGAGCUGAGACAGAAGUCCACCGCCGUAUUUGAACGUCUGUUGCAUCACCACACCAAAAGUCUAAGCGGCAUACUCGUCUCCACGGCGAAUUUGUUUCAAAGUCAUGUGCUUGAGCUUGCGGAGCAGUCUGAAAACAAAACGUUGGCGGUAUUUUCCCAAGUGUACCGACGUAUGGUGCCACAAUCAAGCGAAUUAAUCCACGAGCUCUAUUCCGAAAUCAUGAACCACCUGAGGAAUGCUAACAACAAUAACCUCAAUACCGGCAGCAACCUAAGCGAUCUGGAAGAUGCCAUACAGAAAUUCUUUGUAAAUCUCUUUCCGGUCGCCUAUCACCAGGCGGUGCACUUGAGCAAAGACAAUUACGGCGAGUUACACGAGGAUUACAUCAAUUGCUUGAAGCACACAUUCGACGAUCUACUACCAUUUGGCAGCAUACCCAAAGAGAUCAAACUGAAUCUGCUGCAAAGCGUGCAAACGGCGACAAUCUUCUUAAAUUCACUACAGCAAAGUGCUGAAGUGCUUAGCGAGACUGAUGAUUUGUAUGCAAUGUAUCUGACCAAUACCUGUCAAAACCAUUUACUCAAAAUGAAUUUCUGUCCGAGUUGCAUGGGACUCCAGAAGAGCCACGUGAAGACGUGCUACAGCUUCUGCAUGAAUGUACUGCGCGGCUGUUCGGCUCAAUACGCUGGCGUAUUGGAUAGCCCUUGGUCGAAUGUCGUGGAUGCCAUUCAAAACCUAGUGACGACGCACAUACGUUCGGACAGCGGCAUUGUAACAACAAUCAAGCAACUGGAUAUCAAAUUAUCUGAAACAAUCAUGCGGGCUAUGGAAAAUGGACCUGACCUAGAAAUGAAGGUUAAGAAAACAUGUGGCACACCCAAAUUAUUGCCCUCACUGACUGCAGACAACGAGCUGCGUUCUCUGCAACCGCACAACAUCAAAUGGGCCACCCCACCGGAUGCGGAAAUUCUGCACUUCCAAUCCACCAUAGACAAAUCCAAAGAAUUCUACUCAAACAUCAUCAACAAUGUUUGCGAAGAUGAAGAUAUCCAACGGAGUGAUCACAACUGCUGGACAGGCGAUCGUGUCGGCGACUACACCCAACUGGUAAUGGCUCAAGGUUCGGAUACGCAACGUUACAAUCCUGAAGUGCCGCUGGUGUCAAAUUCGCAUUCAACGAAAUUGAAUGAACUGGCGGACAAAUUGAUAAAAGUGCGCAAAAACAUUGGAACAGCGAUACCAUCCACAACACGUUCAUACUCAGACAUACAAAGCGACAUGGCGCGCCAUGAUGAGGAAGGUUCGGGUCACAUGCCUGACGACAUGGAUGAUGAGGAAUACGGUAACCAGAAUGGCUCCGGCGACGGCUCUGGCGAUGGUGCAACUUCGUCGCCAUUCGAUCCGUUGGGUCCAACCGAAAUCAUCAACAAUGAGAUUGAAACACGUCAAGACUCGGCGGCGACGGCGCUCACAGCCGCGUGCCCCAGUCGCAUCAGCACACUGAUUGUCGGCGCAGCAGUACUAGUCACAUACGCAACCCUUUUGCGAAGCAGAAGCUAAACACAAGCAAUGCACCACAGCGCAGCUUGCCAGCAAUAAACGUAUGGGGAAUGCAAACUAAUUUUGUUGCACUUUAGAAAUACUAUGUAUAAUUAAUUUAUAUAUGUAUGUAUGUGAACGAUAAAGUAAAAUGGAAAAAAUUACUUAUAUAAAAAUUUAAUUUAAGUAUACAUAUGCAUGUGUAUAAGAUACUGGGGCGACACACAAAGAUGUCAUAAGUGUUGUAUUGCUGUAUGUUGUAAAUUUUUAAACAGCUACAAAUGUACAUGAAGCGUACGCAAGGCAUUGCACAAGUCAUAUUAUGAAUUUUUUCAAAGUGAAAAAAUAGCUAUUUUGGGUUUCUAGGUCUUUAAACAUCUAUUUAAACGUUAAGAACUUUAGGAUAUACGAGAAUAUGACACUUACGAGAGUAUACGCGCAUGAGGUGUAAUUAGUGAUCGAACAUACCAAGCAUGUAAGUGUGUGCGAAUGCAUAACAAUUGUAUGCGAAGUGCAACUCUAA